UAUCCUUCGCUUCUUCCUUCUUAACGACCUCAACUUACAGCGGUGCAGUUCACGAGCUAUUUGUCCUCUGCUGGGAUUUUUGGACAUUUCCACUGCAUUAAUCAUGGGCUUUGAGCGAAAGAUGCUCACAUACGGCGACCCCGAGGACGAGGAAGAUGCACCAGCGGAGGAGGAGGAAGAGGAGGAAGAAGAAGACCUGGUGGAUCCUCUAGAAACGUUGCGUUCAAAGUGUGAGCAGACGGCACACUGUGUGCACGCAAAAGAGCGUCUGGAGGCCUGUGAAACCAGAGUUGGCUCCAAAUCCAACACUGCUGAAGAAUGCACUGAAGAACUUUUUGACUUCCUGCAUGCACGGGAUCAUUGUGUGUCACACAAGCUGUUCAAUAACGUGAAAUAACCUUCCUGGCCAGCUCUACCUGCAGCUCAAGCUCUGCCAAAAAUUGUAAAAUUAUCAAGAUUGCCCGUUUCCUGUGUAUUAAUGUAUCAUUUUAGGUUCCUGGACUAAAUACAUAACCAUUUCUGUAUACCAUUCGUUGUGCAAUGAGUCGGUGUUUGAAGGAAGUGAGGGAAUCAAAAUCGAGAAAAGGACUCAUCAUUGUCACUAGUCUGUUCACAUGCAAACACAAAACAUGCUGCUCUGGCAAUGUGUGUUUCUUCUCAGGUUAGGCUACAGAUUUAUUGUCCAGACUAGAAAAUAAACAUUUUCUCUGGUA